AUGUUGAAAUUCUCGUUCCUUAUUCUUUUGAUAAGCACAGCAACUUGUGAAUUCUCAGAUUUUCAUCUACCAAAUUACAGUUCAGCAAUGUCACGAGCAGUUGUUGACUACAUUAUAAAUUUUUAUGAUAAAACUUCAUCAGCUGUAAAUAUGUAUCAUAACACACAGCCUGAAAACUUAAAUGUAAAUAUGGAUAUAAUGAAUGAAAUCUUGCAUCAUGUUAAAACUAAAAUUGUCGUACAAGUUGAUAGCUUAAUGGACUUCAGACUAUCCAAUAGGAAGAGGAUUAAUAAUAUUUUUUUCGUUGAUUCUUUUGAAUCCUUUAAAAUAAUUUAUGAGGAAAUGAAUUCUUCUCAUUUUGAGUAUCAAGGAUAUUAUUUGAUUGCUGUUACAGAGCAUGGACGUGACAUUUAUAAAACAAUGGCUGAUAUUUUCAGUGAUUUAUGGAUUAAAAAGAUAAUCAAUGUUAACAUUUUGUUUAUGCCACAUGGAAACAAUAAUGAAGCUAUGCUGUACACUUAUUAUCCAUACACAAGAUAUUACUGUGAAAAUACAGCACCAAUUCAACUCAAUCAAUAUCAAGGCAAAAACUGGAUGAGAGAGGUUGAUUAUUUUCCUAGAAAAUUGACAAACUUUCAUGGAUGUCAUUUGAGCGUAGCUACAUUCAAAAAUCCACCAUUUAUGAUAAUUAAGCAGGAUAAAAAUGGUGUAAUUACUGUCAAUGGAAUAGAAGGCAUUCUUCUGCGUGAAUUAGCUUACAGGUUGAACUUUAAUGUCGACCUGUAUGUGUUAAAGAAACUCUUUGGUGAAAUUUUCAAGAACGGGUCAGCAACAGGUGCUAUAAAGAUGAUUGUUAACUAUGAAGUUAAUCUGACAUUAGGAUUUUUUGCUUCAAUGCCUCUACGUGAUGCUUUUAUGCAGCCAAGCUAUGUCUACUUUACUACAAAUCUCCUUUGGAUGGUUCCUCCUGGAAAGCCACAAAGUGCUUUAGAAAAACUAGCAAAUCCACUGAAAUACAUGGUGUGGACUUUGUCAUCUAUGACGAUUUUAAUUGGCUUCAUUGUCAUUGUUGUUGUUAAGAAACAGCCUCAUGCUGUCCAAAAAUUUGUGUUUGGCAAUAAGUCACAAACUCCAAGUAUAAAUUUCAUGAAUUUAAUUUUAGGCAAUUCGAUUCAUCAAGUUCCGACAAGGAAUUUCUCAAGAUAUUUGUUAAUGCUUGCUACACUGUGCUUCUUUAUUAUCAGAACAUGCUACAGCAGUGGAUUAGUGAAAUUCAUGCAGAUGGAUACGAGAGAAAAACACAUGAUGUCAACUUCACAAAUGAUUGAAGAAAAUUUUACAUUUUAUUUAAAAGAAGCAAGUCGUUUUUAUGUUUUAAGUAUGCCUGAAGUCCUGAAAAGAACAAAACUACUCAAAUCUCAAGAAUAUGAAUCAAAAUUACAUGCCAUGAUGAAAAAUCCUUACUCGAAUGCAGCAUUUCUCACUACAACUGGUCAUUUAGCAUAUCGGAAUCAAAAAGUGUUUCCUAAGUUCUAUGAGUUUGCACCAACGCCUUUAUAUAGCAUAAAUAUUGUUAUGUAUAUGAACUUAGGGUCAUGCUUAGAAGCUUACUUUGGUGAAAUGUUAAUGAAGUUGAUCAGCAGUGGAUUAAUCAAUAAGUGGGCUACCGAAUUCAUUGACGAAAAAUAUCUGAAGAAACCUAUUGAUGAUGUGCUGGAAAGUUUGAGCUUAGAGCAGUUGGAAGGAGCUUUUCAGUUACUGAUUGGUGGAUUAUUAACUGCAUUUAUUGCAUUUUGUUUUGAGAACCUAAUUGGAAGAAUUGACAUCCGUACAGUUAAAAAGUUGUUCGGUUUCGAUAGAAAGCUGUUCAGAAAUCCAAAGACGCUUGAAGCAUUAAAAGUUUAG